CCAAUUAAAGCUUGCUUUUAACAGAGUAAUUAUAUAUAUAACGCAGGUAACGAGUCGACUGGAACAGAAUAAUCAUAGACUUUAACAAAAUGUAUAACAAUUUGUUAGAAGAACUAAACAAAGAAGAAGCCAAACAAUAUAUUGGCGGUGUGGUAUUUGUUUCACUACUAAUGACAUUAGGAAUAAUUGGCAAUUUACAUGUUCUAAUCAUAUACACAUUUCGGAUGAAGCGGUCUAAUCCAAGAACGUUUAUUUUAUUUCUAACAGCAUUAGACUUUAUAACCUGUACUGUAGGCAUGCCGUUUGUUGUUAUUGAUCUACGGAAUCCUCUAACAUUUACACUUAUUCCCGCGUGUAAAAUAUUGCGGUUUGUCAACUAUUUUAUCUGUACAUCGUCAGCUUUUAUCUUGUUGGUUAUUGCUAUAGACAGGUACAGAAAAGUAUGCUUUCCUCUUGGAAAGCAAAUUUCGAGAAAUAAAGCUAAGUAUUUUUGCCUGGUUGCCUUAGCUACGUCAAUGAUUUUGUCGUGGCCUGCACCGAUUCUGUACGGACACAGUUCAGUCAAUACUACUAAUCCAAAUAUCACCGGUGUAAGAUGCUUUACAGAAGACAAAUUCAAGAAUCAAAGAUACCAGGCGUAUUUUAAUGAACUCUUGAUUAUCGUGUUUUUCGGAAUGUUUGUUAUAUUGGUAGUUUUGUACAUUCUAAUGGCAAAAGCAAUCGCUCAGCAUGAAAAAUUCAGGAAAUCCUUUCCAGUUGCUGGUCAUUUCGGAAAAAGUAAAUACAAAAAUAUAGAUAUCCACUCUGAGCCAACACAAAGAAGAAAAAUGGAACCAUGCGACAUCAUGAACAACUUAGAGUCCUCCAAGAACUGGUAUGAUAUAAAACCAGUCGAUUCAAUUGGAACUUCUUGUAUGUCAAUAUCCACCAUCAGCGGCUAUGCCCAUAAUGGCACUUAUAUAAACGGGAAGGAGGAUUCAACUGAAACAUCAUUGGCAAGUGUAUCAAAUAACAAUACCACACAAAGUAACGGACAAAACAAGAACCACCAUAGACAUCAUUUUAUACAUUUCCAUAUACUGAAAAGAACAACAAUAAUGAUGUUUUUAAUCACAGCUGUAUUUUUACUAAGUUAUUUGCCGCAUCUUAGUUUGAAAAUUAUUGUUUUCGUUCGGGAAGAUUUUUUGAAAAAUAUGAAUUUUACUGAGAAAAUUUUGUAUAACACUUUUGUAUGGUGUUUUUUCGUUAAUAACAUGGCUAAUUGUUUUAUAUAUGGGUUUUUCGACGUAAAAUUCCGAAAUGAAAUGAAAAUGUUAUACAGCAGUUUCUUACGUAAGAAGAAAUGA